AUGCAAGAUCAAGACAUAAAGGAUGUGACGCCAGCACAAGCACAACAGGGAAUCCUGGAUACAAAUCAUGGUGGUGGUGGUGGCGGGUUUUACUCCAGUGCAAGAAGUGGAAUGAAUUUUUAUGGAACCACAGGAUAUGGUGGAGAAGGUGGUAAGGGAUUUAUUCAGGGAGGGGUGGGUGAAAGAGCCAGGUAUAACGAUGUCGAUGGUGGGUUUGGUGGAGGUGGUGCAGCAUAUGGAGGAAAACUAGGAGGAGGAGGAGGAGGAGGAGGAGGAGGAUACUUAGGGGGAAGCAGUGGAAAUGGUGGUCGUGACACUUGUGGGGGGUGGGAGAGGCUCUUACAACGAUGGAAACAACCAGGACAAUGA